AUGGAGUCAACUUCACAUUUGGAAAGCCCUGGAGUGAAUCUCUCUGGGAUUACUGAUCGAAGGCAAAUGCACUUUUGAGACCAUAUCAAGAACUUCUUGACCAAUCUCUUCACAGAGACUGGGAAAGGACUUGCCAUGUCUCAAUGAAGAAUGACUGAGGAAAUGAGAUCCAUGAUUACGAAGCGGUUCGAAAAUGUUAAUGCGAAGACAUUUCCAGGUGCGCAGCCCAUUUCCAUGCAGAGAGAUCAUCUCUCAGACACAAUGGCUGGGUCCAGGUAUCUCUGCUGUGAGAAAACUGAUGGAGUCAGGUUUCUCUGCGUGAUAACACAGACCAGAUCCUUGCUUAUUGAUAGAAAUUACAACAUCUUUGAUGUUAAAAUGGAAAGACUCAACUUGGAUGGGUUCAAGUUUGAGUUUAUCCAUGUCUUUGAUGGGGAACUCAUCAAAGACCGUGGUGAGGACUUCACCAAGUUCUUUAUAUUUGACGCCCUUGUGGUCAAUGGCAAGAAUAUAAUGAAUCUCACCUUUGAGAACAGGCUCCGCACAGUAAAGAACAAAGUUAUUAAGAAAUUAAGGAUUCAGGAAUAUUGAGAAAUCACUUGUGAUAGAGCAGACAAUUAUGAUGAUGAUGAGGAUGAAUUUGACAAACUAGGCGACAUCAGGGACGACUCUAAUGGCAUUAUUAAGAUAUACCUCAAGGACUUCUUUUUGGAUAUCCAGACUAAGGAUCUGUGGGAAAAAGUCAUUCCAAAGCUAGACCAUGGGAAUGACGGAAUAAUUUACACUAUGAAUGAUUGUCCUUAUUAUCCUGGAACUUGUUCACAGAUCAUUAAGUGGAAGCCUGCUUUCCUGAAUAGUGUUGACUUCAACCUGAAGUUGAUAACCUCUUAUAAUGACAAUGAGUACAUCUGGGGACUGUACGCCAGAACCUAUGAACAGCCAGAGUUCCUGUAUGACUGAAUAUUCUUUGAAAAUGCAGAGGAAAAUGAGAAGUGGAGGAAGACGAUUGCCCAGAUGUCCAAUCAUUCAGAGGAAAAGCCUGUCAUUGUGGAAUGAGCGUUCAACUCAGACCUUGAUUAUGACAAUUUGAUUAGGUUUAAUAAGUACAAAAGAAUGAGUAUGAAGUCCUCCUAUCCUAGGGAAGACCAUCUUAAGAGGGACUUUAAAUUCGAUUCAGAGGUAUCCUUUACAGAAAAGAAGCAGCUCAAAGGAGGUUGGAUCAUUGAAAGACAAAGGACAGAUAAGGAGACUCCUAAUAGCUUGAGAGUUGCUAUUAACAUUAAAGCUACUAUUAUGGAUCCGGUUUCAGUUGAUGAUAUUAUCAAUUGUCCAGAAAUAAGAGCUAAAUAUUGCCCUGCUGGUAUGAAGAGGUCUGCUCAGGCUCCUCCUCAGUCAGUGGCUAAGAGGCAGAAGACGGAGUAGAUUCAAUUUAAAAUUAGCCUAAAGGGGUUUUGGGGUUUUGG